AUUCCACCUCUAACAAUCAUUCCUCCCACACUGCAAGGAGUGCGAUAUGUUGAUGGAGGAAUCUCUGACAACCUGCCGCAGUAUGAGCUGAAAAAUACCAUCACUGUGUCCCCGUUCUCCGGAGAGAGCGACAUCUGCCCCCGAGACACUUCCACCAACAUGCACGAGCUGCGAUUCACCAACACAAGCAUUCAGUUCACUCUCACCAACCUCUACAGAAUCUCCAGGGCACUUUAUCCUCCAGACCCAAUGGUAGCACUAGUUGAGGCCUGCAUGGAGAGGAAGAGCCUGGCGCAGUCGUUAAGCAACCGGCUUCCUGUCAGGUUGGCCUCCAUGAUGUUCUCCUACACUCUCCCCGUGGAGUCUGCUAUGUCCUUGACUCUCAGGUAG